CACAACCGCGUCCAUGUUUGCUUUUAUCGUGUCGGUGACUGUUUGUUAAUUGGUGCGCGCACUUUUGCUCGUCCACUGCUGCACUGACUGUGACCAACACCAACCAACACCAACACCAACUAUGAGCAGCAGCAACAAGCGGUACGAAGGGAAGGUGACGAUCGUCACUGGCGGAUCCAAGGGGAUCGGACAAGGCUGCGUGGAGGUGUUUGCAGAGGCUGGAUCAAACGUUGUGUUCUGCGCUCGAAACGAGGCAGACGGCAAGGCAUUGGAGGACAGGGUCAACGCGCUUGGCAAUGGCCGCGCGCUCUUUGUCAAGUGCGACGUGUCCAAGGAGGACGAGCUGAAGCGCCUUGUGGAAAUCACCAUUGACACAUUCGGCCGCAUCGACUGCCUCAUCAACAACGCGGGCUGGCAUCCACCACAUCUGCCCAUCUCGGAGUUCUCUGUGGAUGAUGCUCGGAAGCUCAUGGACCUCAACUUCUUCAGCGCAUUCAUCCUGUGCAAGCUGUGCCUGCCGCACCUCCGCAAGACCCAGGGCAACAUCAUCAACAUGUCCUCGCUCGUCGGCAUCCAGGGCCAGCGCUGCGCCACCACAUACUGCGCCACCAAGGGCGCUCUCACGUCCUUCUCAAAGGCACUGGCCAUCGAGGAGGCGGCAAACAAGGUCCGCGUCAACAUCGUCUCCCCCGGCAACGUCUGGACACCGCUCUGGAGGGAGGCGCUGCCGGAGGACGAGAAAGGCCUCAAGGAAGGAUAUGCGCUCGGGGAGAAGCAGCAGGUCAUGAACAGAUUCGGCACCAUCGAGGAGAGCGGAAAGCUGUGCCUGUUCAUUGCGGCAGACGCAACCUUCACCACAGGCGUCGACCACAUCCUGAGUGGCGGUGCCGAGCUUGGCUACGGCGUCAAGAUCUGAAUGGGAUGGAGCUCUCGUUGAUGGGCCGCUUGCGUUUGUGUGUUUGCGCUGGGGCGUUUGGGUUUGGGUGGAUGCUGGGUUUGGGUGGGUGCUUCGGGGGAGCUUGGAAGUUGUGCCUGCUUGCUCGUUCUUUGUGUUCCUUUCUUUGUUUACUGGGUGUAACACGUGAGUUGAAUACAAAACGAAAGAAAGGGCA